GUCGAGUGGCAAGUAUGGUUAUGUCACGUGCACAGGACAACGACCCCGCCAGCCCAUGUGUGGGCAGAAACGUCAAUACAGCAGCCUAAAUAGGGCCGAAGCUGGUACUGCUAGCCCACAGUCUCGAUCGAAUUCCCCACCUGUCUGCGUGGGUCCGAUUUUCAAACCCGAGCUCUUGAGACAGCGAGCGCGUACUCGGGCAAGGAGCACUUGAGACAGCGGACGGACUACAGAUGCCAUAACGAUGCCUGAAAAUUACUUCGGAGAAACGUCAUUGAGUUCUGACGAACCACUAGAUCUAUCGACCCCUACUCGUGUCAUGUCCGAUAAUCACGAGUCAUCCAUUCUAGACGCUUCAAGGAUUCAGAUGGAGUCGGAACCGAUGAAUGCCUCUGCUGGGAGGAGUCCAGCUCAGUGCGAACAGGCGUUUGGAGUAUUUGUGCGUAAAUUGACAGAGGAGUUUCUGGACCAUAGGCUACCAAUCUCACAGCAGUCGUAUCAAAACCUGACGCAUAUAGAGAAUGCUUGUCGACGGUCUUUUCCACAGUAUGAUGCUCGGCAAAUCCGACUCAAAGUCAGAGCACAGCUUAAAUUGUACAGGAGGCAGGUGAAAAAGUUGAGCGAAAAAACGAAGCCGAUGACAAGAAAAAUGGACAAACCAAGGACGCUGUUGCCUUUGGACGGUAGUGCAACUCUAGCAACAGUACCAGUCUGCCAGUCGGGUGAAUUGCCCAUCCCUCUCAUCACGUACGGUGAAGGAUCACGAGUGAAGGAGACUUUUCCCUUCAAUGCCGCUUCCACACACGACACAACUUUACUGAAAAAUACUGAGUUCCACAGUCCCGAAAACAUCGCGAACAUCCAAACUGGUUCGCCAGAAACUCAACCUGCAGUGUCCAUCUGUGAAGAUUCGCAAGAGCCUAGGAUGGAUGGCAGCCAUAAGCAGAACAUGACUGCCACCAUACAAGCUGAUAGCGUGAAAUUCAUUGUACCUACCGAUCUCACCAAAACGACACGAACGCAAGAAGCUGAGGGGCUUAUCGCCACCCAGAAUUGUGAAACCAUUCGACCACCAAACCUUCUUGCUACUUCUUUACGCAUGAGUGCUGGAAUUUUGAUGCAAACUGCAAAGCUUUUUGAAAUCGCUGGACUGACAGCAGCCGCCGCCGCCAGUUCGCUGAGAUACCCCAACCUGACAUCCGUGCUCCGUAACUCGGAGGAUGAAGGAACGGGCAUUGCACUGGGCAAGGCCGUUGCUGAUUGUUAACCAAUAGUAAGAAAUAAGGAUCAGUCCAGAGUCAUGUAGUUAUCGUUCCAACCGCCAGGAUCGAGCGUGGUGAUUGACAUUGUGACCUAUUUACAUCAAUGGCUUUCAUCGGUUUCCGGAUCUAGUCACCAGUGAAUGAGGGAUGACGAUGAAUUUUGUGUACCCAGUUGAUGGAUGAGACAGUUUAAUGUGCGAACUGUAUUACACAAAACUGUUUUUACACUUCCGCAUUGAUGUUGAUCUCACUUGUUUGUGGAAACAGUGACGCUGAUGCGUAUGAGUAUCAGCCGGCUGAGCACAGCAAGCUGCGGUCGAAAAUGCUUUCUCGCACAUGCGGUUAUUCGACGAAAUCUUACCAGUAACAAAUAUUUUCAGAAAAC